AUGGAAAUCUCUAAAACCAGGGAAGUUUCAGUGACGGCAAAGCCUGACUAUGAUAGAGCAAGUGAGCUCAAAGCUUUUGAUGAAACAAAAGAUGGUGUUAAAGGACUUGUUGAUGCUGCUAUCACAAACAUCCCUCGCAUCUUCCAUCACAAAUUUCAUAAAGAUUCACCUUCAAGUAGCACCACCAAACUUGUUAUUCCUUCCGUUGAUCUUGUUGACAUUCAUCUAGAUUCAACAAAAAGAAAAACAGUUGUUGAGAAAAUUAGAGAAGCAUCUGAGACAUGGGGUUUCUUUCAAGUUGUUAAUCAUGGAAUACAAGUUAGUGUUUUGGAUGAGAUGAAGAAUGGAGUUAUUAGAUUCUUUGAGCAAGAUUCUGAAGUGAAAAGAGAGUUAUACUCACGUGAUGCUACCAAGCCUUUGGUUUAUAAUAGUAACGUUGAUCUUUAUAGUUCACCAGCUUCUAAUUGGAGGGAUAGCUUUUACUGUAUCAUGGCUCCUCAUUCUCCUAAACCAGAAGAUUUGCCAUUGGCAUGCAGAGAUAUAUUGUUGGAAUAUUCAAAGCAAGUUAUGAAACUAGGAAAUGUAUUGUUUGAGUUAUUAUCAGAAGCACUUGGACUGAAUCCAAACUAUUUAAAUGAUUUGAAAUGUAAUGAGGGACUUGCAGCUAUUUGCCAUUACUAUCCUUCCUGUCCACAACCAGAAUUAACCUUGGGAACAACCAAACAUGCUGAUAAUGACUUUAUCACUGUGCUUCUACAAGAUCAUAUUGGUGGCCUCCAAGUUCUUCAUGACGAUAACUGGGUUGAUGUAUCACCUCUACCUGGUGCUCUCGUCAUCAACAUUGGCGAUCUUCUACAGCUUAUAACAAAUGACAGAUUCAAGAGUGUUGAACACAGAGUUCUUGCGAAUCAUGUUGGUCCAAGAAUAUCUGUCGCAUGUUUUUUCUCCACAGGUUAUAGGUCAUCCUCAAAACUGUAUGGACCUAUUAAGGAGCUUUUAUCAGAAGACAAUCCUCCCAAAUACAGAGAAACAACAGUUGCUGAAUAUGCAGCAUACUUUGAUACAAAAGGACUAGAUGGCACUUCUGCUCUUACACAUUACAGGAUUUGA